CAUUGUUACUGCGGAUUUAGGGUCUUUGACUGUGUAAUCUUGACUGCGAGAUAAUGAACAUGUGUCAGAGGAUGUGUUAUAUAUAACAGACUACAAUCAAAUCUCCUGUCAUUCCCAAAUCGCCAGUUCAACCAACACAACAAGAUGCCGCUCAAGGUUCAUGAGUUUACUGUCGAUAUGGCAUGCGGCGGCUGUGCAUCUGCAGUCGAAAAAGUUCUGGGAAAAUUGAAGGGACAAGGUGUUGAAGAUGUUACCAUUUCACUGGAGGACAAGAAGGUGAGAGUGACUUCAACACUAACAUCAGACCAAUUGCUGGAAACAAUUAAGAAAACUGGAAAGACUGUGGAAUAUAUUGGAACCAAAGAAUGAUUUUUUUAGACAGUGACCUUUCUUUCAUUUGACACUAAAUCUUUACCAUUCGAAUGUGGAAAUAUGCAUGUGCAUAAUACUGACAUUUUAUUUGCCAAUGACAACUUUAUUCCUAAGUGAUUGGCAGCAAAAUGCUAUUGAAAUUGUUGGAGUAUAUUAAUAAAACUGCAUAAGUUUUAAAUUAAA